AUGGUGCGCCAACUUUCAGCAGGAUUGACUCAGGUCCUGCCAGUUCCAGUGACGCCCCCAGCGCGGUGCUGUCGUCCUUGCCUGCUUGAGAUUGCCUGUGUGAAUCCUGCCGCCUCCAGGCAAGCAGCUGUGGUGUCAACUCCCGGAGGGCUGCAGUUCAGCACCAUAGAUCCAGAGCUCAACAUUGCGUACGUGCUUUUUGGUCACAAGCUGGAGCCUGACAUCAUCGCCAACAUUGGAGGUGAACUCAAGGUGAUUGGUAGUGUGUGGAUGGCAAUCAAAGUGCCAAGACAUGCAGUUCCCAUGGCGCGACCUUUGGGCACUUAUGCAGGGGCCUUAGGAUAG